AUGGGCGCCUAUCUUCUAUGGGCGCCUAUCUCUAUGGUGCCUAUCUCUUUGGGCGCCUAUCUCUAUGGGCGCCUAUCUCUAGGGGCGCCUAUCUCUAGGGAGCGCCUAUCUCUAUGGGCGCCUAUCUCUAUGGGGGCGCCUAUCUCUAGGGGCGCCUAUCUCUAUGGGCGCCUAUCUUUAGCGGCGGCCUAUCUCUAUAGGCGCCUAUCUCUAGGGGCGCUUAUCUCUAUGGGCGCCUAUCUCUAUGGGCGCCUAUCUCCUAUGGGCGCCUAUCUCUAUGGGUGCCUAUCUCUUUGGGCGCCUAUCUCUAUGGGGCGCCUAUCUCUAGGGGUGCCUAUCUCUAGGGGCGCCUAUCUCUAUGGGCGCCUAUCUCUAUGGGCGCCUAUCUCUAGGGGCGCCUAUCUCUAUGGGCGCCUAUCUCUAGGGGCACCUAUCUCUAUGGGCGCCUAUCUUUAG